AUGGAAAGAAUAAGAAGAUUCACUCAAUUUUGUGCGGCGAACGACAUCACUGACGACACCGACAAGGCAGGAGUGAAAAGAAGAGCUUUACUUCUUACUACUUUGGUGGAAGAUACUUACCGCGUCGUUAAUGAUUUAGCAUUUCCGUCUACAUUGGACAGCGUGGAAUUCAGUAUCUUAAUACAAAAAUUGGACAGCCAUUUCUUAUCUAAAAAAAGUAGUUUCGCAGAAAGAUACAAAUUUUAUAAAGCAGAACAAAGACCAGGCGAAGACUUAUCUGAAUGGGCGGCGCGAGUGAGAAACUUAGCCCAGUUUUGUGGUUUUAAAACUGAACUCGAAUUUGCAUUAAGAGAUCGGUUUAUUCUUGGGUUAGAAAAUACUAAAGAAAAAGAGAAAUUGUUCGCCGAAAGCAUCGAAACUUUGACUUUCCACAAAGCAUUAGAGUUAGCGCAAAGCAUACGUUGUGCGCGUAUGGCUUUGCAAGUUGCAAACAAAAGUGGAGCCAGCGCCGAUGGAGGAUAUUCGCCAACAGCGCAGCCAAUGUUCGCUAUACAUCGUGCAACCGUGCGCGACCCCACCGAUUGCUUCACGAAAUCGUCUCAUAAUAAACAUAACAAGUGCUGUGCGGUGUGUGGUUACCGUAAUCAUACAAAAGAUCAGUGUCGUUUUAUCAAUUAUAAAUGUCAAAAGUGUAAUCAAUAA